AUGAUUCCAUUUUACUUAAACCAGCUAACUAUGAUUCAAGUAUGGCACGACAACACAGGACCAAACCCAGGCUGGUUUCUGGACUCCGUUACGGUACUAGACACGAGACGAGGGCUCAAAUACUUAUUUGUAGCCAGACGCUGGCUUGCCAAGGAUGAAUCAGAUGGACGCCUGGAGAUUACUCUGGAGCCCAAUCAGGUGGAUAAAGUUGAUAAAUCCAUUCCUUAUGAGGUGACCGUGUAUACCGGGGACCUUGCUGGAGCUGGAACAGACGCUACAGUCUGGCUGCAGAUUUACGGUGAUAGAGCCGAGAAGAAUAAGACUGAAGUACACUUUUUGCGGUCAAGAUCAGACAACUUCGAACGAGGCGCAGUGGACAAGUUUAAAAUCAUAGAAAUGCAUUUUAUUAUUCUUCAAGACAUUGUUCCACCAGUUGCCAUUCGCAAUGAAGAUCCUGAAAUAACUCUUGAUUUUGACAGACUUAGACCACUCAAAGCAUUGUCUUUGGUUAGAAAUCUCGUGGGGCUACUCUCCCGGCUUCACUUAGAGGCCCUUUAA